UUCUGUUGGUUGCAAAAGGCAGCACACCAUGGCUGCGACGCUGACGGAAGCGGGAACAGGUCCUGCGGCCACCAGGGAGUUCGUCGAGGGAUGGACUUUGGCCCAAACUCUGGGCGAAGGUGCCUACGGCGAGGUGAAGCUACUAAUCAACCGGCAGACUGGCGAGGCUGUGGCCAUGAAAAUGGUGGAUCUAAAAAAACAUCCGGAUGCAGCGAACUCGGUGCGAAAGGAGGUCUGCAUACAGAAGAUGCUCCAGGAUACGCAUAUCCUCCGAUUUUUCGGCAAACGUUCGCAGGGCAGCGUGGAGUACAUAUUCCUGGAAUACGCCGCCGGCGGAGAGCUAUUCGAUCGAAUAGAACCCGACGUGGGAAUGCCGCAGCAUGAGGCUCAGAGGUAUUUUACACAGCUCCUGUCCGGACUCAAUUACCUGCAUCAGCGUGGGAUCGCUCAUCGGGAUCUGAAGCCGGAAAAUCUGCUGCUUGACGAGCAUGACAACGUGAAAAUAUCGGACUUUGGCAUGGCUACUAUGUUUAGGUGCAAGGGCAAGGAGCGACUGCUGGACAAACGCUGCGGCACCUUGCCGUAUGUGGCUCCCGAGGUGCUCCAGAAGGCAUAUCACGCCCAGCCGGCGGAUCUCUGGUCGUGCGGUGUUAUAUUGGUCACAAUGCUGGCGGGUGAGCUGCCCUGGGAUCAGCCGUCCACCAAUUGCACGGAGUUCACCAACUGGAGGGAUAACGAUCACUGGCAACUGCAGACUCCUUGGAGCAAACUGGACACCUUGGCUAUUUCGCUGCUUCGCAAGCUGCUGGCCACCAGUCCGGGGACGCGUUUGACCUUGGAGAAAACCCUGGAUCACAAAUGGUGCAACAUGCAGUUUGCAGACAAUGAACGUUCCUAUGACCUGGUGGACUCGGCGGCUGCCCUGGAGAUAUGCUCGCCAAAGGCUAAGAGGCAGCGUCUGCAGUCUAGUGCCCACUUGAGCAAUGGCCUGGAUGACUCCAUCUCCCGGAACUACUGCUCUCAACCCAUGCCCACAAUGCGCAGCGACGAUGACUUUAAUGUCAGACUGGGCAGUGGUCGCUCCAAGGAGGAUGGAGGCGAUCGCCAGGCGUUGGCACAGGAGGCUCGGCUCAGUUACUCCUUCUCGCAACCAGCUCUGCUGGAUGAUCUCCUACUGGCUACCCAGAUGAACCAAACGCAGAACGCUUCCCAGAACUAUUUCCAGCGUUUGGUGAGGAGAAUGACCCGAUUCUUUGUGACCACGCGAUGGGAUGACACUAUCAAGCGAUUGGUGGGAACCAUCGAAAGACUGGGUGGUUAUACGUGCAAGUUCGGUGACGACGGAGUGGUCACCGUUUCCACUGUCGAUCGGAAUAAGCUGCGAUUGGUUUUCAAGGCGCACAUUAUAGAGAUGGAUGGCAAGAUUCUUGUUGACUGCCGGCUGUCAAAGGGUUGCGGCUUGGAGUUUAAACGACGAUUUAUCAAGAUCAAAAACGCCCUGGAGGAUAUCGUGCUAAAAGGACCCACCACUUGGCCGAUUGCGAUUGCUACAAAUUCGGUGCCUUAGCUUUUAGUUUCAUUCGACCUUAAAAACCUCUCUUGUAUUCGGUUAUAUUUACAUUUGUCUAGCCUGUAGGAGCAACUCAUGCAUCACCUUCGAUCAGAAUCAUCUAAACUUCUAAGUGUGCUAACUUAUUUUUAAUUCAUUGCAUUGUUUACGAGUACGUUAUGUAGCAAUAAUUAAGGAGGGCUCUCCUUCUAUUUUAAUUUUGUUGAAUUUUAAAGCAAAUGUCGAGUAUUGAAAACUAGUUUAAAUGUUAUCGAACAAUAAAUCUUAUGCGAUUUUGAGUAAAAAA